AUGCCUCCUUCCGGUCGUGAUAAAGGUCGUCCCAGAUCACGCAGGUCGGAUGAUGAGUUUGUCGUAUUCAUCCAAGGCAUUCCACCUCAUUGCCGCUGGCAGGAACUCAAGGAUCUCGUCCGUCAGACUGCACUGCAUAUUCGUCAGGCAGUAGUAUACGACGAUAGCCAUGGACUCCCCACCGGCCUCGGCCAAAUUAUCGUAAAAAAUGAAGAUGAGGCCUGGCGAACCUACCAUCGACUCUCAACCAGCGGAUGGGACGGCCAGAGUCUGGUCGUCACACUCUCACGGACCAGUACGCCCACCAAGCCAAUUGCCGGACCUACCAGAAGUCCACCAAUGAUGCCCACAGGCUACAUCUCUGGUCACUCCACGCCUCCAUUAGUACAUGGAAACAUGGCAAUACCCCCAUCACCCGUCUCGCCAGAAUCUUCCCAUCCGCCCACUCCACCAUAUCCAUACCCAGAGUACGGCGUCAUGAUGGUACCUAUACCAAUGCCACCGCAAUCAUUCAUGCCGAUGAUGCCAGAUCCACACGCACCACCGAUGCAGUAUUACCCCCCAUCACCAGUAAUGAACGGCGCAAUGUACGAGCCGCAUUGGAACAUGAUGCCAGGGUAUCAGAUGUCACCUCCACAACACAUGUACCACCCAAACGACGAUAGCCCACCUCAAACCUACCAUUACCACCGUGAAUCUCGCAAAGGCACAAACCCCAACUCCCCGUCUUUCUACCCAAACCGUCGAGCCAUCACCAUCGAGAACUUGAAUCCGGCUACGACAUGCGCCGACCUUAAAACCCUUCUGCAGACAGCUGGCACUGUCCAGAAAUGUAGCAUUGUCACCGCCGACCCGAUUGACGGUGAUGCCCAGCUCUACGGCUUGAUCAACAUGCAAACAGCAGACGAGGCCCAGUGCGCGGUGACGAUGUUCAACAAUCUGAAUUUCAUGGGGUCGCGGAUUAGGGUGAAGGUUGAUCGUGAGCCGCAUCUUACACGGGCUGUAAGCUGUGAUAGGGCGUUGGGUGGUGCUGGGUCGGACACUGCGGGCUCAGUGCCAGGUACUGUUGAUAUGUGUCAGUCAUGGGCUGAUGAGAUGACUGCGGAGGCCAAUGCUGCUAAUGCUUGUAAGCCUCUGGUGAUAGAUGGGUCUGGGUUGAAUAGGUCUGUUGAAAUGUUAUCGAUCUCUGCGCCUACAUGA